AUGCCGCGCCCGGUGGUAGUGGCCAAGCAGGCCGCCUGCCGCGAGGCUCGCGCGCCCGCGAAGCGCGUCGCCGUGCCGCACAAGCUGGCUCCGCGGUUCGCCGCCGCCGCGAUUGCAUGCAUGCUGUCCAUCCAGGGCGCUCCGGCGCUCGCCGGGGACGCUGAGACGUCGGCGGCGCUGUCCAAGAUGGCAGCUAGUCUGCAGAACACGGAGACUCCCGUGUACUUCGGAAGCGGCUGCUUCUGGGGCCGCCAGCACGACUUCUUCGUGGCCGAGGGCAAGAUGGGCCGGCAGGCGGAGAAGAGCACGGCGAUCGUUGGGUACGCGGGCGGCGCCGGCGGGGCGAGCAAGGACGGCAAGGUUUGCUACUACUCAGGGCCCAAGGACGCGUUGUACGAGAAGCUCGGACACGCUGAGGUGGUUGCGGUCGGGCUGGACGCCGGCAGCGAGGAGGCGCAGUUCCGGAUGUUUGCCAAGGAGUUUUUCAAACAGUUCAACAAGACGCCGCUGGGCAUGAUGCGGCAGGACCCGCAGGACACGGGGUCGGGGUACCGCAACGUCGUCGGGCUCCCCGGCGGGACCGACUCCCCCCUGAUGCGGAUCCUGCAGGAGGAGAACGUCAACAAGAUGGCGUUGCUGCCGGGCAAGGGCAACGAGCCGGACAAGAUCAACACCGUGUACAUCAUGGACACGGACAAGUUCCCCUUCUACCGCGCCGAGGUCUACCACCAGUACCACAACGGGAUCGGCAAGGCCUUCGAGAACGACUACACGUUUGGCGCGAAGAAGACCGCGCUCAAGCGGGGGCUCAUCGGGGGCACGGGCUGCCCCGACAUCGGCUUCUGA